UUCGUACUUCGGAAGUGACGUAGCAUAAGCAUAAAUCCAGCCUUGUGAUUGGCGCCUUCGUAUUUUGACGGAAUUCCGCCAAUGAGUAGGGAACCUAAGAAUAGCUUCCCUGUGCCUAGGGGACCUCACCCCCAGAGCGAGGGGAGGGGGUGCGGUCGGAAGAAGGACUGCCUCAGGGAGGCGCAGAAGAACGAGCAGAGGGAUGGCCCCACGGAGCCCAGGAGCACCUACACGGUCACGUGUCCAGAGCGGGAACGCCGGGAGAGGGAGGCACAGAAGAACGAGCAGAGGGAUGGCCCCACGGAGCCCAGGGGCACCUGCACGGUCACAUGUCCAGAGCGGGAACGCCGGGAGAGGGAGGCGCAGAAGAACGAGCAGAGGGAUGGCUCCACGGAGCCCAGGAGCACCUACACGGUCACGUGUCCAGAGCGGGAACGCCGGGAGAGGGAGGCGCAGAAGAACGAGCACAGUGAUGGCCCCACGGACCCCAGGGGCACCUGCACACUCAUGUGUCCAGAGCGGGAACGCCGGGAGAGGGAGGCGCAGAAGCGGCUGCACCGCUUUGAAAUGAUGCCGGGCAUGGAGAAGGACCGGUGGCCGAGGGCAGAUCCCACACGUACCGUGAAGGAAUAUUCGCGGCCCGCCGCGGGAAAGGAUGCCACUCGGCCCCACGACCUGCGCCCCCCGUCCGUGCUGCUCAAGACUGUUUGCUACCUGAUCAAUGCCAUUGCCUUGUCCCCGUCACUUCAACCCUGGACGGAGGUGUAUGACUUCGUGUUCGACCGGCUGCGCAGCGUCCGUCAGGACAUGAUCAUCCAGCGGGUGUCUGGGCCCGAGUGCGCGGCCGUGCUGGAGAGGAUCGUACGCUUCCUGCUCUACGCCUCGUACAGGCUCUGCGAAGAGCCGCUGCGGCUCUACGACCCGCGGAUAAACGACACGCACCUGCAGGAGAGCCUCAGCUGGCUGCUGAGCUGCUACUGCGUCGGGCACCACCCACACCAGGAGGAGUUUCAGGCUCUCAGCCUGCUCUACAACCUGGGGUCCACCCGUGCCUUGCAGCAUGCCCUGGAGCUGCCGGAGGAGGUGCGAGCAGCGCCCGCGGUGCGUCUGGCACUCUCCGUGAACCGCGCCCACCUGGAACGCAACCCCGUGCGACUCCUGCGUCUGGCCCGGCGGCUGGACUUCCUGCAGAGCUGCGCGCUGCACCGCCACCUAGAGGCCUGCCGCCGCCACCUGCUGCUGCUUUACAGCUACGGCCACAGCAGCCGCAAUUGCCGCUUCCCGCUGCGGGAGCUAGCGCGACUCCUGGCCCUGGAGGACGCCCAGGCGGCCAGCCUGUGCCGGGCCUGUGGAGUCUCCGUGACGGGAGACCGCGUGUCCUUUUCCAAAGCCUCGUACGUGGAGCCGCCACCGGGCGAAAGGCAGAGCACACGCUCUUACGAACUGGUGGACAGGAAGCAGGGCGAUCACUCUCUGGCUCUCGUCCUCCAUGGUUCUCCCUAGACCUCCUCUCUUGUAAUUAUAUUAAGGGUUUUUUUUUUACACAGAUUUAUGUUUUAAUAUUAAUGCUGACAUUCAGGAUGUUUGAAUUUAAUGGACACACAAUGGAAAAUAAAAGUAUUUUGUUAAAAAAAUC